ACCUCCUUAGGAACUGUCCUUCAGUCAGUGUCGUCUGUCGUGUCGUCCCCUUCCUUGAUCCUCUGCUCUCUUUCCCAUCCAGCCUCCGGGACUCCGGUCUCGCGUCAAACGCGGAUUGAUCGACAAGGAGAUUGGAGUUCUGAUCCUGCCAAUCAGGUAGAUCAGUUGAAAGCUACACGGAGAAACUGAAGAGCCUUAAACACUAUAUUGAGCAACAUGGCCACUAUACCACUAGCCACUGGAGUUGGAUGGGUGGUUUCUCCUGUCAUCAAGCUUAUGUUUGAGAAGGUCCAAUCAUAUAUAUCAACCCAGUACAGAUGGCAGUCCAACUUGGAUGAUGGCCUUAAAAAGCUCGAGACUAUUUUAACUGAAACUUUAUUGGUGGUGGGCACUGCAGAAAGGCGGAGAACACUUGAUUUCAAUCAGCAAGCUUUGCUCCACCAGCUGAAAGAUGCUGUCUAUGAUGCUGAGGACAUCUUGGAUGAAUUUGACUACAUGCUUCUGAAAGAAAAUGCUGAAAAGCGAAAUCUUAGAAGCUUAGGCUCCAGUUCUAUUUCCAUUGCUAAGCGUUUGGUUGGCCAUGAUAAGUUUAGAUCCAAGUUAAGAAAGAUGCUUAAAAGCUUGAGUAGAGUAAAAGAAUGUGCUGACAUGCUUGUCAGAGUGAUUGGACCAGAAAACUGUAGCUCACACAUGUUGCCUGAGCCGCUCCAAUGGCGUAUUACCAGCUCAUUUUCACUUGGUGAGUUUGUGGUCGGUCGUCAGAAGGAGCGAGAUGAACUAGUGAACCAAUUGUUAGAACAGGUAGGCAUACCUAAGUCAAGAAGCGAAGGAGCAAGACCAACAUCAUCAGAGGUAAUAACCAUAGUCGGUACUGGUGGAAUUGGAAAAACUACUUUAGCUCAACUUAUUUACAAUGAUAAAAGAAUAGAGGAUAAUUAUGAUUUGAGGGCAUGGAUAUGUGUCUCACAUGUCUUUGAUAAGGUCAGAAUCACCAAAGAAAUUCUAACAUCUAUUGAUAAGACCAUUGACCUAACAAAUUUCAAUUUUAGCAUGCUCCAAGAAGAACUCAAGAACAAAGUAAAAAUGAAGAAGUUUUUACUUGUGUUGGAUGACGUUUGGUAUGAUGAAAAGGUUGGAGGGUCUAUAAAUGCUGAUAGAUGGAGAGAAUUAUUUGCUCCUUUAUGGCAUGGGGUGAAAGGAGUCAAGAUUUUAGUUACAACUCGAAUGGAUAUUGUUGCAAAUACAUUAGGCUGUACCACUCCGUUCCCUUUGAGUGGUCUAGAGAGUGAAGAUAGCUGGGAACUUUUCAGAAGAUGUGCAUUUAACACUAGAGAUCCAAAAGAACAUCUGGAAUUAAAGUCUAUAGGUGAACACAUUGUGCAAAGGUUGAAUGGCUCAGCAUUAGCUAUAAAAGCAGUUGGUGGUCAUCUUAGUUCAAACUUCAACAAUCAAGAAUGGAAUCGAGUUCUAAAUAAGGGUCUAUCAAAUGAGAAAGAUAUCAUGACAAUUUUACGCCUAAGCUAUGAAUGCUUGCCAGAGCACCUUCAACAAUGUUUUUCUUUCUGUGGUUUGUUCCCAAAAGGUUAUUAUUUCGAGCCUGAUGUAUUGGUGAACAUGUGGAUAGCUCAUGAAUUUAUUCAGGAUGGUAGGCACACCUAUGGAAGUCUUAAAAGCACUGGAAGAAGUUAUUUUGAUGAGUUGUUAUCUAGAUCAUUUUUCCAGGCGCUUCAGUAUGGAGGUACAGUACAUUACGUUAUGCAUGACCUCAUGAACGAUCUUGCUGUCCACACAUCCAAUGGUGAGUGCUACAGAUUAGAUGUUGAUGAACCUGAAGAGAUCCCGCCAGCAGUUCGACAUCUGUCCAUACUGGCUGAAAGAGUUGACCUACUUUGCGUCUGUAAGUUGCAAAGGCUCCGCACACUAAUAAUCUGGAAUAAAGUCAGGUGUUUUUGCCCACGAGUUUGUGUGGAUGCAGAUCUUUUCAAGGAGUUGAAGGGCUUGAGACUAUUGGAUUUGACUGGUUGCUGCUUAAGACAUUCACCUGACUUAAAUCACAUGAUACACCUUCGAUGCUUAACUCUCCCAAAUACUAACCAUCCACUAUCUGAUUCACUCUGUAGUCUUCAUCAUUUACGAAUGUUAUCUGUACACCCACAUUCAUGCUUUAUGGAUACAAGACCUAUUAUCUUCCCAAAAAAUCUGGAUAACCUCAGCUGUAUUUUUCAUAUUGAUGUUCAUAAGGACCUUUUUGUUGAUUUAGCUUCUGUGGGGAAUAUGCCAUAUCUUUGGGCAGCUGGAAAAUUCUGUGUUGGAAACACAAAAAUGCAGGGACUAGAGGUGCUAAAGGACAUGAAUGAACUCCAGGGGUUCCUUACAAUUACAUCUCUCGAGAAUGUGAAAAACAAGGAUGAAGCAACUAAUGCUCAGCUAGUCAACAAGAGUCAAAUAUCUAGGUUGAAGCUGCAAUGGGGCUCUUGUAAUGCAGAUAGCAAGUCAGAUGAACAGAAUGUGCUUAAUUCUUUAAUACCUCACCCUGGCCUUGAGGAAUUGACUGUUGAUGGAUACCCAGGUUGUUCAUCUCCGUCUUGGCUGGAGUCCGAGUGGCUAUCUAGAUUGCGACACAUCAGCAUUCACAACUGCACAUGUUGGAAGUUCCUUCCUCCUUUAGGCCAGAUACCAUCUCUCAAGAAACUUCAUAUUGAUAGAAUGGAUGCAUUAGAAUGUAUAGACACAUCUUUCUAUGGGAUUGCUGGUUUUCCCUCCCUGGAAACACUAGAAUUGACACAGUUGCCAGAACUAGUAUAUUGGUCUUCUGUCGAUUAUGCUUUUCCUGUUCUUCGUGAUGUAUUCAUCAGUUGCCCAAAGCUGAAAGAACUUCCACUAGUCUUUCCUCCACCUGUAGAAAUGAAAGUGCUUUCAUCCAACAUUGUUUGCACACAGCAUACUGAUCAUCGCUUGGACACAUGCAUUAUUCAAAAGGUUAGUUUAACUAGCCUUGUGGGUAUUUUCCAUCUUUGGCACUUGGAUUCUGAGGAAAUCGCAGACACCAGCUUUGACAGAGCAAACAUGUUGAACAAUGGGCUUAGAGAUUCAAGCCCCAAUCUUCCAUCCCUUGAAGGACCAUUUAUUGGCUGGUGUUCUGAUUUUCACCAUGCAUUUGUGAGGUUAAAUGAAAUGGAAAUUGUAGAUUGCCCCAAUGUAACAUCAUUGGUGGACUUUGGGUGUUUUCCUGCCCUCCAGAAUUUGAUCAUAAGGGAUUGCCCCAAAUUGAAGGAACUACCUGAUAAUGGCAACCUGACAACAUUAACAAAGGUGCUUAUAGAGUCCUGCUACGGACUAGUAUCACUGAGGAGCCUGAGAAACCUUUCUUUCCUCUCCAAACUGGAGAUAAAACAUUGCCUGAAGUUAGUGGCUUUGCCAGAAAUGGUUAACUUCUUCUCCCUCAGAGUCAUGAUCAUACAAGAUUGCCCUGAACUUGUUUGUUUACCAGAAGACGGUCUUCCUAUGACCCUUAACUUUUUGUAUUUGAGCGGAUGCCAUCCAUUGCUAGAGGAGCAGUUUGAAUGGCAACAUGGUGUUGAGUGGGAGAAGUAUGCCGUGCUGCCGUCAUGCUUCUAUGCUGGUAAAUCGAUGGAAGAUACUGAAGAUAUAGCUGACGAAAUACUUCUUGAAAAUGAUAUGAUUGAGUGGUCAACCCAGACCAGUCUACUGCAUCCAACUGAUUCUGCAGCAAGCUCUUCCAGUUUUCUUCAGUGAAUUAUCUGCAUUGAUCAAGACUUCGGCAUGGCCAUUGGGCACACCGCGCACCGACGCUGUUGGCCAGCUGGCCACGGCUGGCCAUUCAUGCCUGUGCAGCUCAGCCACCCUGGCAUGAAAUUCAUUUGCAUAUUCCAUUUUAAUCGGGCCAACUUAUCAUGAGGUCUGUGCAUUUUCGCAUCUAAACCUACUCUUAGAGCACUACAGAACAUUCACCGGUCAUUGCUUACAGUUUGUACCCUUGCCGUAGGAUGCAAUGUAGCCAUGUGCUCCUUUGAACAUCAGGAGCAUGGUUCUUGUGGAGUUUUUUUUUUUCUGAAACAAUCGGGUAUGUAUUUUUUCUAGAAAUCAGAUCGAUAAUCGGGUAAAUACCCAUAAACAGGACAUGGCCUUUUUAACCAUACUGUCUGUACGUGUACAAUAUUAGUGUAUGCUACUAGAUUGCUAGAGUGAUGGCUAGUUCUCGACUGCCUACUGUUUGUCAUUUACAGAAGAUACGUUAGGCUCAUUAGAUGUAAUUUUGUAGACUGUACAUUCUUUGGGAUGUUAUUAGCUUUGUAUCUGGGGUUCUACAAAUACAAUGGACAGGUUGAUCCCAUGAUUCCUGUGUAAGGUCGUGCUAUGUGCUCAGUUUCUGUGUUUAGCAUCUUCUUCUCAAUGUCUUUGCUUAAUUUUUUUAUUCUCUGCGCAAUUUCAGGGACAAAAAGAAGGAAAUUUUGUGCUCGUGAAAACAUGGGCCAAUUCAGCAAUUCUGUUUGCUGAAUGUUUCCAUAUUGGGAGAGUUCAGCUAGAGUUGACGACGAGAAGAUACCCUUGAACGGAAAAUUGGAAGCUGCUUCCCAGUUGAAUUCUCUUGCUCAGGCAGUGCAGGUAUUGGCAUAAUUAUUCGUGAUAACUUCGGCUCAGUCUUGUUAUCAUCCUGGAAGUACAUUCGACAUGGAGCAUCAGCAGAAGAAUUGAAACUAUUGGCUUGUCGUGGAGGUUUAGCUCUGGCCACUGAAUGGGUUCAUAUGCCAGUAGUGCUAGAAACAGAUUGUUUAUCCGUAGUUAUGCACUAAAUUCUCAUAAAGAGAAUCGAUCUAAAUGAUGUCAUAUUAUCAUUGAUGUGCAAUGUACAAAGGAGUUGCUUUCAGAGGUGAAGAUUUGUCAUGUUGUAAGAUGAGGUAAGAUGAGGCAACAGGGUAGCUCAUGAGUUAGCACCACUGGCUAGCAAAACGAAGUAUUGUGCAGUUUGGCGGGAACAUGUUCCUACUUGCGUACAAGGCUUUGUUCUCAACGAUUGUAAUAACUUUGUUACCUAUCAAUGAAGCUCUCUCUUCCUUGAAAAAAAAAAGAAAAUAAAAAGAAACUGAGAACAUUAUUUUCA